GCAAGAGAUCCUCGAUAUAGUCUCAGUCAGAUAGUUAGAAUCAACAAAAUGUUCAGCAUCUCGUGCCUCCUCUUUUGUGUUAUUUGGAUAACUAUAUUUGAUAAUGUGCAGCUCGCAAAAACCGAAGAUGUUCUGGAUAAGAUAAAAACAGGAUUGCAAUACGCAAGUAACUAUUUGGAAACGGCUAAAGACAUUGCCGAUCUAGUAUCUAAGAGUUUAGGUCACAAACAAAAGCAGAAGCGGGGUGACGAUGAAAAUAAUGAUGCAAAACAGCCAUUUGGUCCUUCAAAUCUCGUUUCUGCAUUCUUUCAGCUUAUUGGACUUGAUUCGCAAAAAGUUGCAGCAAUCGCGGUCAACAGUGUCAUAUUUCUUACACAGAUGAUAAGUUCGCUCUUUGGAUUAAAAUCACAAGAACACAUUGCCAAAAAUAUAGAUGACGAAGUACUCACUUGGGAUCCUUUAAAAUUCACUUUAGAAAAUAAAAAUGAAAAAAUUCAAAAUUUGAUUGAUCAAGCGAGAAAUCCGAAUCUGCCAAAUCAACUGAUAGCAAGAAUAGCUGCUCCUGAUUCUGCUUGUAUUAGAUUACUGAUAUGCAAAUCAUCUCCGGUGAUAAGAGCGGCGCAAAAUUCCCUUAAUAAUAAAUCGCAGGAUCAUAUGCAACGAUUAAUCGCGUGGUUACCAUCUAAAGAAGAAUUUGAAACAAACAGUAACGAAUGCGAGGAUAAUCAUAUCGAUUGUAAUUUAUUUCCGUCAUAA